CCGUUGAUUUAACUGAAGGUGGAAACUUGCAAAGUUGUUUGGAAAUUUGUAUCAUGUGUUUAAUCAAAUAUAUCUAUAUUGUCACGAUGCGAUUUUUUUUUGCUUAGUGACUGCAUUGUGUUGAAUAAUCUUCGAUUUAAUCAUGUUUUAAAUGGUGUUGUGUACAAUAAUUAACAAAUAAUAAACAAGCGAGUCGUACAAUAUUGUUUUCUGUAACAUCUUUAAAGUGAUACCACUGACGAGAUACUAAUAGAUACUCGGUGGUGAUACAGUCAGUGGUGGUGUACAAAAUUAACUGUAAGUGAAAGUUAAUUAUGGCAGACCUUACUGACAAAAUUAUGCGAAUCUUAGAUAAAUAUCAUCUCAAAGAUGAUUAUGAAAGUAAAUUACAAAAUUCUAAUAAAUCUCUAGAAGAAAUAAAAAAUUGUGCAGAAAAGCUGCUUAUAAAUACACCAAAUAACUAUGUAGGAUGUGUUGAAUAUGCUAGUUUAAGUAAAAUGCUAGCUAGUUGUAAUUUAAAGAUUGGGAGUGAACUCAUAGCUAUUCAUCAUUUGAUAGAAUCUCAUGCAGUAAUACUUCGACAGCAAAUUUUACAUAGAUAUCAAAAAACUGAAUUGCGGGAAUCUCUAUUGAAUGUAUCCCAAACAUAUGGAUUGAAACCAACAUAUGUGAAAUUUGAGCCUAAAUUUUCAGAUAAUUCAUUAACAUUAAAAUUGUCAGAACUGCCAAAAGAAUGGUAUGUACUUCAAGUCACUGUUCACUAUGAAUCUUCAAACAUAUUAAACCACACAAAGCAUGCGUCUAGCUCAACGCAUGCUGUACAUAUCAUUAUGCUUCCAACAGGAUCAUCUGAAAUAGAACCACUAUGCAUAACUUUGCCAAAACCAGCAAUGCAAGUCUCCUAUGAUAUCUGCACAGAAAUACAAAAUAUAUUAAUUAGUAAUAAAGCUAAACUGGAAGCUACUUAUAUAAAUAAUGAACAGUAUUGGAGUAUGCGCAGGGAACAAGAUAAUAAAAUGAAGAUGGCUAUAGAUGGAUUGGAAACUAUAUGGUUGAGGGAAUGGCGAGUGCUAUUUAUGGCUGAUCCCAUUGAAGACUUGGAAAUAGUAAAUGAAAUUCAUGAAGUGAUUGAUAAGUUAAUACUGGAUUCCAAAUUGUCUGACAAAAUAUCAAAGCGGUGUAAAUGGUUUUUGAAAAAAGUGUCCACAGGUGCAGGUUUUCUCACGCGUGAAGAAAUAGCACGUGCAAUAAAAUUUCUACUUCCUGAAUAUGAAAAACUUGCAAAUAAUAUUAUUUUAUCUCUUUAUGGCAUGCCAUAUCAUAUAGAGAAAUUAAAGAAUACGAAACGAAAGACAUUAGUUUUAAUCAUUGAUGAACAUAUAGAUUACUUAGCAUUUGAGGCAAUGGAAAUUAUCAAAAGCCAUCCUGUUACUCGUUUUCCAUCUCUACAUAUAGCGUAUGCGUUAUUUAAAGAACAUGAGGACACCAUAGUGGAAGGGUGUAAAAUCAUUAAAGCCAAAGACAACAUGGGUGUUUGCAUAGUCAAUCCGUCGGGUAAUCUACAAAAAAUGGAGAAACGGAUGAAGCUUUUCAUAAAUUUCUGGUUACCACAGUGGAGAAGCUGUUACAACACAGAGCCUAGUGAAGAAAUGUUUGAAGAUGCGCUAGUAAAUCAUGACAUUUUAAUGUAUAAUGGUCAUGGAAGUGGCAUACAAUAUUUGUCUGGAGAAGAUAUUGAAAAGACGAAAGUAAGGUCAACUGUUUUAUUAUUUGGAUGUAACAGCGUGAAACUACUUGUAAUAGGCGGAAGAUACCCACCUUACGGUGUUACUAACCAAUAUUUAAUAGCAUGCAGUCCUUGUUUAUUGGGUAUGCUGUGGGAAGUAACGGAUUUUGAUAUCGAUAAAAUGACCGCGGACUUCAUGAGUAAUUGGGUUCCGUCGACAUCCGACAAAACGUGGGCCGAAGUGGACACGAACAGUUGGGCACACGGUAGUCUAAAAUUUGCGAAAAGUGCUGAAAAGAACAAAGCAGAAAUGGAGUCAGAAAUGUUGAGAGUGGUAGCAAAGUCUAAGAAGGUUUGCUCGCAAUACAUGACGGCAGCCGCGAUAAUAGUACGAGGUUUACCAACAAGGAUUGUAUAAAUUUUCGGUAUCGCGACUGACAUUUGCAAUACUAAUGUAAGGUAACUUUUACGUCUUUUCUAAGUCACAAUCAACGCAAUCGUGUUCUGGAGGACAAAACAAGGUUACCGAAUAUAGAAUAAAUUUUUGGUAUUUUUUGUA